GUGAUCGUUCUGUUUUACGAUAUUUAGUUCACGACAUGCUGUGGGUCACGACCGUCGUCCUUUGGGCUUCAGUGAGCCAUGUGUAUGGCUACAGCAAGCAGUUCCCUCCAGGGUUCAAGUUCGGAGCCGCCACUGCUGCAUACCAGGUAGAAGGAGCUUAUAAUGUCAGUGGUAAAUUCUCCAUAUCCUGGCCUCGUCUCUUACCAACUGGUCUCCCGAACGAGAUCAGUGAUGAUGGCAAGAACUACUACAACAACCUGAUCGAUGGUUUGUUGGAGAAGGGAAUCGAACCGAUUGUCAGUAUCUACCAUUGGGAAAUGCCACAAUUGCUGCAAGAUUUGGGUGGAUGGGCCAACCCCAAAAUAUCGGACUGGUUCGCUGACUACGCGAGGGUGGUGUUCACUCUCUUCGGGGACCGUGUGAAGAUCUGGCUAACUAUCAAUGAACCUAUCGUGGAGUGCGACUGGUACUACGGUCAAGGCGUCCUAGCUCCACAACUGGACUACUACGUGGGGCCAUAUAUGUGCAAUAAGAAUCUCCUAUUGUCCCACGCGAAGGCCUACAGAGUUUACGAUCAUGAGUUCCGUCAUAAGUACCAUGGAAAACUCUCUAUUGUAAACCACCUGCUAUGGCUGAAGCCUUAUUCUUCUGAAUAUGAAGAAGACGCAGAAAUCGCAAGACAGUUCCUUACUGGUCGCUAUGCUCAUGCCAUAUAUUCCAAGAAGGGAGGAUGGCCAUCAGUGGUGGAAAAAACGGUUGCAAAGGUUAGCAAAGAACAAGGGUUUAGAGAAUCGAGGCUGCCACCUUUUACUAAAGAGGAAAUUGAAUUGGUCAGAGGAACCUAUGACUUUUUCGCCAUGAACCACUACACCUCCCGAUUGGUGAGGGCUGCAGAGCCCGAUGAAGACGUCGUGGAGUCUCUCUUCACAUACAUCCCUGAUGCUGAUCUGGUGCUGGAGAAUGACCCCACGUGGACUUAUGGUUACAGUGAGACUAUGCCGGUCCUUUUGGCUAUCCAAGAAGGUAUCAACGUGAUUGGAUACACCUACUGGUCUCUGAUGGAUAACUUCGAGUGGACCGGUGGCUACGGUGUGGGCGAGCCAGCUUCGGCACGAAUGGGCCGGCUCAACCGGAGUGAUACCACGGCCUUGCAGAAAACCGACGUGAAACAACCCCCCGUUACCAGUCUCAUCAAUCCCCGAAUCCCCUACUACCCAAUAAUUCUCAAUUCCCAAAAGGCCGGAAAGUCCGAAAACAUAUGGGACCGCUUCGUGCAUGAACACCCUGAGAGGAUCGAUGAUAGAAGCACUGGAGAUGUUGCCUGCGACUCCUACCACAAUUGGAGGAGAGACCUCGAGAUGGCUGAGGAACUGGGUCUAGAUUUUUAUAGGACCUUGGUAAGACCUAUAUCCUGUACAAAAAGUAAUAGGUUCGGUGGCUGGGCAAAUCCUCUAAUAGUGGACUGGUUUGAGGACUACGCGAAGGUGGUAUUCGCUCACUUCGGAGACCGCGUCAAGUUAUGGCUGACUAUUAAUGAACCAGUAAUUUUAUGUGAAGCUUUCUUUAAUGCUGAGGUGUUUCCACCUGCAUUUAUCAGCCCAGACCUUGGAGUCUACUUGUGCAGUAAACACGUAAUGCUUGCCCAUGCUAAGGCCUGGCGAGUUUACGACAAACUUCUGAAACCUAAAUAUCACGGAAGAGUCUCGUUAACCACCCACAUUGCUUGGUUUGAAUCCCUAGCUCCAGAGUAUGAAGAACUCGCGGAGUUAACCAUGCUCAACUUUGGUGGAAGAUACUCCCAUGCAAUUUACUCUAAAAUAGGGGGAUGGCCUCCCGCUUUAGAGAAGGCUUUGGCAGAAGUCAGCUUGAAAAGAGGAUACUCCAGGCCUCAGCUCCCACCAUUCACACAAGAAGAAAUUGAACUUGUGAGAGGAACCUACGACUUUUUUGCUUUGAAUCACUACACUAGUCGUCUAAUGCGCACGGCUAAAGAGGGAGAAAAAUUCACGGAAUGGCCACUUGGUGAUGUUGAAGAUCUUAAUGGUAUCAUCGUGAGGAAAGCUGAUUGGGCACAAGCUGCUACCUCUUGGUUCUAUGUGAAUCCUGAGGGUAUUCGCAAGAGUCUCGUCUGGUUAAAGCAGCAGUAUGGCGACUUAGAAGUCAUGAUCACAGAGAACGGACUAGCAACGAAAGCAGGACUGGACGAUCAGGAUAGAGUGCAAUAUUAUAGAGAUUAUUUAGAACAAGUUCUACUGGCAAUAAACGAGGACGGUGUGAAUGUGACAGCAUACACUGCCUGGACUCUCAUGGAUAACUACGAGUGGAACAACGGAUACACUGUAAAGUUCGGUCUAUACGAAGUGAACUUCACAGAUCCGGGGCGCAAGCGCACGCCGCGUGCGUCUGCGCAUUACUACGCUAACAUUAUAAGGACACACUCACUUGAUGUACCAACAACGAGUAUUCAACUGUAAUGUACGAAGAAGGCGACAAAACAUGAUCAUUAUUUAAGGAAUAUUAAUAACAUAACAUCACGCCUUUUAUCCCUAAAGGGGU